ACUAUUAUAUUUUGUUUUAUUAGAUAAAAAAUUCAAAGCUAUUAAAGUUGAAUAAGAAAAAAAAUAUAUAGUUGAGCGACGAUGAGUGUCUGUGAAAAACUCUCCUUAUUUGAAACUUCUCCUUCUACUCAAGAAAUCGAUCUUUUGGAUCGGAGUACCAAGAAAAUCAAAGAUCCAGAAACAAAGGCUAUUGCAGAGCACUCACGAAGGGGGCCACUAAGUUCUGGUAUAAAAGAUGUGGCCAUGACUGCCCAGAGCACCGACGAAGCUCCUCAGGACACUUUAAUGGUGGAAUCACAAAAUCCAACAACAACAUUAGUGAAUCAAACACAAAAUUCCCUUUCCUACAAGGAUAAGCUCAUGGGGGAGGAAAACCCAGUUAUUCUCUCCUUUAAUACCAUACCCAGCUACAUGGAUGAAGAAUCUGAUAUUGAUGAUGACCCAGAGUAUGACGCCCCUAUCGUCUUAUUAUCAAAAGCGAAAAAACGGAGAAUCCGAGAACCUUGGAUGAACGCUAUCAUCAUCAAAGCCUUCCAUCCUAAACCCCUGGGCUACAAUUAUGUUUUUCCUAGAGUCCAAGCUCAAUGGAAACCAAAUGGUAAGUGGGACUUCAUUGAUCUUGGAUUUGACUUUUUUCUUGUUCGUUUUCAAGAUAAUGAGGAUCUGAGCAAAGUUAUCAUGGGAGGACCAUGGUUUAUUGGUCCUUAUUGCCUCACCAUGAGAAGAUGGGAACUUAACUUUGACCCGGAAGAGGCUAUUCGCACUACUACCACUACGGCAGUCUGGGCUAGACUUCUUAAUCUUUCAGCAGAUUACUAUGAUCUUACAACACUUCAGAAGAUUGGGAAUAAGAUAGGCCCCCUACUAAGGGUUGAUGACCAUACUGCACUUCAUACUAGAGGCCAAUACGCAAGGGUGUGUGUUCAAAUUGAUCUUGCACAACCUGUUACCGGGUAUGUUAGAAUUGGAAAGAAGAAACAGAGGGUUAGUUAUGAAGGUGUUAAUGCUCUGUGUUUCCAUUGUGGACGUAUGGGUCACAGAAAUAACCAAUGCCCACAACUUAAUACUACCUCUGAAAGUCCUAAAGAAGCUGCCAAUAUUGUAUCUCAAUCAACCCAGGCUCCUAGCUCUACAACUCUAGUUGCUAAGGCCAUGACCUCCUCUACCACCUUAAAUCCUAUUCUGCAGACACCUACAGCUGACCAAUCCUUUGUUGAGGAUAAUUAUGGCCCUUGGUUAUUGGUGGAGCAUCGCAAAACCAAGAGAAAACCUUUUCUGAAGGCGUCUACGCUAGAGAAGAUGUCGGUAAAUCCCAAAUCAAGAGAGACACAUGACUGGGCCGUUCCAACUCGUAGUACCGGUUCCAAAACUCAACGGGCCACCAACAGUUCCCUGUCAAAUCAUCUUAACGGUAAUGUAUCCAAUGCAUUAAAUGUUGCUCAGCCUUUGAAGCAAGGUCAAAAGAUUUACAAAGCCAAAGCCCCAAUAGAGGAUUCCUCUAAACUAGAACCCAAAACCCAACAAUGGGUUAGUAAAGCUCCUAGCAAGGCACAAGGCCCAUCUGAGGUUAUCACCAUACAAGAGCCCAAAACUAGUUUAAAGAUUGCUUCUAAUCCGAACCCGGGACCUGAUAUCCAAAGGCCCUUUAGCCCUUGUCUUGAUCAUAUUGCCGGCUCCUCAGAGUUAGGACAACCUACCCUUACCACCCCCAUCCUUUGUACCUCCACUAGCACCACUGGAAUCGACUCCCAAAUCUUAUUCCCACAAAACUCUACCUCUCCUUUGUUUAACCAUGGAUUUGUACCAAAUCCUGCCCCAAGAUUGGAAAACCCAAAUGUUUCUAGUAAAAGACCAGAUGACUGUUCGAAUGGAGACAACUGUGGAGUGGAUACUGGAUUACUCAUCACCCAGGGGGUCCAAAUGGUCUCUGGAUCAACUGUUCAUGGUGUGGCGAGCCCCCAUUCUCACAAACAUAGAGGAGACGUCACAAUGCUCGACGAGGAGUGGAGCCUUAUCAAGCCCUUACUAUUGACAAAUUAUGCUUACAAACACCACUUGAAGGUUGUCCAAUUACAAGGGAAAAUGGAAUGCAUUCAUCUAAUAUUGAAAGCUUUAUUGUCGAUAGAGACGCACACUGAGAGGGACUUCCAACUUCUUUUCUUACCAUAUCAUUUCCCCCUCGCCAGGUACCUGUCAUGGACAUUCCAGUCCUUACUGCCGGUGUUCAACCCGCUGAGAGCCCAGAUAGCAUUGGGACUAUCAAAUAAUCUUGACUGGAUUAUGAAAAUUAUCUCAUGGAAUUGCCGUGGGGCUCUGAAAGCAGGUUUUCGCAAAGGUGCUAUGGAUCUUAAAAGAAUUCAUAAUCCAGCUAUGCUACUUAUUCUAGAAACAAAAAUUUAUGGACAAAAUGCUCAAGAGGUAGCUGACUCUCUUGGUUUCCCAAAUUCUUGUGUUGUCAACUCAGAUGGUCUCACUGGAGGUUUAUGGCUCUUGUGGGAUGACUCUAGGCUUACGGUGGACAUUCUGUCAACCAGUAAUCAAGCAACACAUGCCGUUAUCCAGGUUAGUAAUAACCCUUUAUUUCCUUUUAAUUGGUUUUUCUCAUGUAUUUACGAUAGACCACAUUUUGAGAUUAGAAAUAUCUUAUGGCAAGAGCUAACUACCAUGGCUAAUGUCAUCCAAGGCCCUUGGAUGAUUAUCGGGGAUUUUAAUGACGUGGUUGAUCAAAGUGAGAAGUUUGGAGGCAAUGACAUUUCCCAAACUCGUGUUCGAGCUUAUCUUGAUUGCAUGAAUAACUGCAAUAUGGUGGAUCUGGGGCUUAUUGGGAAUCGUUUUACAUGGGUCAACAUGCAUUUCUCUAACCAGCUGAUUAAAGAAAGACUUGAUAGAGCUUGGGCCAAUCUUGAUUGGAAACUUAACUUUCCUGAAGCGUCCCUUUUUCACCUCCCCCGUACCCACUCCGAUCAUUGCCCUAUUUUACUUGACCUUAACCCCCUCUGUCCUCGCCCAGGGUGUCGUCCUCCCAAGCUUGAAAAAUUUUGGAUUGAGCAUCCAGAUUUCCAAGACAUCAACCAUAAAGUUUGGGUUGAUAAUAACCUCAAUACUACUAAAUGUUUAGAACUUACUAUGAAUCAAGCCAAAGCAUGGAGCCAAGCAACUUUUGGGAAUAUCUUCAAAAAGAAGAAGAAAGUCCUUAGUCGUAUCAAAGGUAUUCAAAUGUCUCCUGCUUAUAAUUUUUCUUCUUUUCUUUGGAGUCUAGAAAAGGAUCUCCUCCAAGAGUAUAAUGACAUUCUCAGUUGGGAGGCUGAUCUCUGGUUCUUGAAAUCUCGCGCCAAUUGGAUUACUGAUGGUGAUAGGAACACUAGGUUUUUCCAUGUGACCACUUUGAAGCAUCGAGUUCAGAAUAGGAUAUUUGGCUUGUUUAAUGACCAAGGCAACUGGAUUUCUGAUAGCAGUGGAAUAACAUCAAUUGCCAUUAAUUUCUUCUCAAAGCUAUUUACCACACCUUAUAGCCGCUCCUUUUUUGACUCAUAUCAUUCUAUUGAUCACCAAGCUCAAACUUCCCAUUGCCUUGAUUCCAUUAAAGGUUGCCCAAGUGAUAAGGAGAUUUGGGAUGCUGUCAAUUCUUUGAAAUCUUUUAAGGCUCCGGGCCCUGAUGGCACUCAUCCUUUCUUUUACAAACGCAUGUGGCCUCUGAUUGGGGGGAAAAUUAGUGCUGAAAUCAGAAAUAUCUUUCAGGAUAGGCACUUCCCCUCCAAAUGGAAUGAGUGCUCUCUUGUCCUUCUUGCUAAACUUAAAUCUUCUGAGCACAUUCACCAAUUCAGACCCAUAAGCUUAUGUAACACUGUUUAUAAGAUCAUAUCUAAGAUCUUGGUGCAUAGGAUCAAGCCCUGGAUGAAAAAGAUUAUCUCUCCAUGCCAAUCUAGUUUUAUCCCUGGCAGGCAAGGUACAGAUAAUGUUGUGAUUCUUCAAGAACUUGUUUACUCCUUUUCAAAAAAAUCUGGGAAAACAGGUGACAUAAUUUGUAGGCUAGAUCUUGAAAAAGCCUAUGAUAGGCUAGAGUGGGGCUUUAUUUAUGAGACCCUCUUAUUUUUUCAGUUCCCUCCUGAUAUUAUCAAACUUAUCAUGUCUGUCGUUAGUUCUACAUCAAUAUCCAUCCUCAUUAAUGGGGGCAAAACAAAAGAAUUUUGUCCAUCCCGAGGAAUUCGUCAAGGUGACCCACUUUCACCUUACAUCUUUAUUCUUUGUAUGGAGUACCUUUCCCUAAGAAUUUCUGCAGACAUGGAUGCUGGGGUUUGGAAGGGCACUAAAGUUAGGAGAAGUGGUCCCUUUCUUUCUCAUAUUUUUUUUGCUGAUGAUAUCAUCUUCAUUGGAAAGGCUACGAUAUCCAACUGUCUCCACCUACAAAAAGUUCUACAAUUCCUUUGUGAAAGGUCGGGCCAAAAGAUUAACAAUCUUAAAUCCAAGGUGCUUUUUUCUAAGAAUGUUGACCAAGCCACCAGAGACAAUCUUUGCUCCAUUCUUGGAUAUUCCCAAACUGAGGACUUGGGUAAAUACUUUGGCGUCCCUAUUUCAGCCAAAAAACUAAACCAUAGCAAUUGCCAAUUUAUUGUUGAUAGAGUCCGUAAUAAACUUUCUGGAUGGAAGUCCAAAUUUCUGUCUUUUGCAGGAAGAACAACACUUGCUAAGUCAAUUAUGGCAACUGUUCCAAACUACUAUAUGCAAUCUUCUCUGCUACCAGCCUCUAUUCACAAAGAAAUUGAUCAGAUUUCUCGUAAUUUUAUUUGGGGAUCAGAGAUUGAGCAAAAGAUGAUUCAUCUUGUUAAUUGGAACGUUGUUUCUAGCCCAAAACAAUUGGGUGGACUUGGCUUGAAAAGUGCUAGAGAAACUUAUCUUGUUGCCAUGUGCAAGCUAAAUUGGAGACUUCACCAGGAGAAGGAUAAAAUCUGGAGUGACAUGCUUAGAAGGAAAUAUACUAUUCAUGACUGUCAUACUAGGCCAACUAGUACCGGAUCUUCUAUUUGGAAAGCUAAAACUAAGGGCUAUGAUCUUUUCAGCCUUGGUUUGAAAUGGGUGCCUCUUACAAGAACCAAUAUCUCCUUUUGGACUGAUUGUUGGGUUACUGAGACACCCCUUGCCUCUAUUGUGUAUGGUCCCCACUAUCCAGACUUCAAAGCUAUCACCAUCUUGGACUUUUUUAGUGCUGGGAAUCAUGCCCCUGAUCUUAUAUCUUAUUCUCUCCCUGAUAAUAUCUUCAAUAGACUUAAAGCUAUUCCUCUUUCUAUUUUUAACAAUAGAGAGGAUUCCUUUGCUUGGAAGGGAACUGCCAAAGGUGAGUUCAGCUCGGCUUCUGCUUAUUACAUCCUUAAAACUCCUCCUAUUUCUACUAAUACUGAUUGGGAUUAGAUAUGGAAGCUACCAACCAUCCCAAAAAUCCAACACUUUUUUUUGGUUAUUGGCUCACCAGAGACUUAAAUGCUUUAGUUUCUUGCAUCAUUUAAAUAUUUCAACUACUGCUAAUUGUCCUCGCUGUCAUGUUGAUGAGACUGUGGAACAUCUUAUCCGGGUAUGUCCUUCAUCAACUGAUAUCCUUCAUGAGUUAUUUCCCAAUAUCUCAUCACAGCAGCAACAAAAGCUUGACUUUAUC